GGAGCAGGCUGCCUCUCAUGCACUACCACCAUCCAACUAUUCUCCCAUUUUUCCUCAUUUUCAUGCGAUUUUUGCAGUCCAGCGUAGAUGCGGUGUACACAAAUGUAAAACUACAAUGUAUCGAUUCGGAGGAGGUGUACGGCACGCUGCAAACUGAGCUCACCUUUAGCAAUAAGGAUGGUGGCGGGAGCACGUUUUUGCCGGCCUACACCGACCUAUGCGCACCUGAUAUGAAAUUCGACGACUCCCAACGGGUUUUCUUCUGUAAAAAUUGCAUUCAAAACUGCCUAUCGCGAGUGGAAACCGCACCGAAAAAUAUCCUUAUAGUGGCGGAUGUCAAGGCUCCAAAUAAUAGAGUUUCCUGGUUCCAUGUGCAGACCCCUGUCAGUAAUAUCCGCGAGAGUGGGAAACAGUGUAAUGUGGAAAAUUCGAACGCCAUGCAAUCGCCCGAGGAAACCUCCACUGACGCCCUCCGCUCCUUUUCCAAGACCUCAGUGCUCUUUGUGUCCAUAUCAUUUAUAAUUUUGAUGGUUAUCUCAUUAGCGUGGCUCGUUUUUUACUAUGUUCAGAGGUUCCGAUACGCCCACGCCAAGGAUCGGCUUCAGAGGAGACUUUUCAACGCGGCCCGGAAGGCUCUCACCAGGAUCCCGACAAUGACUAUCACACCGGGAAUGACUCAAGAAUUACAGUCAGAUUGCGCAGUUUGCCUGGAUCCUUAUCAGUUACAGGACGUUAUUAGAUUAUUACCUUGCAAGCACAUCUACCACAAAUCAUGCAUAGAUCCUUGGCUCCUGGAGCAUCGGACGUGUCCAAUGUGCAAAAACGACAUUCUGAAACAUUUCGGGUAUUGGAAUGAUAUACGAAAUGAUAUUCAAAUGCCAACAAACUCCAGGGGCAUCGCCGACGACUUUACGAUUCGGUUGGAGCUCGGCGAGCAGGAGCACCAAGCCCCCUCUGCUGACGUCAUCAGUCCCGAGGCGAAUUCAGACACCUCGGACUCGCAAGGCUUCUCGUUCGAUAAUUCAGAGCAUCACCACUCGGAAAGUUUUGGCUACGGUACCUCCUCUACAGUACCACCGCAGUUGGUGCUCAAUGCCUCGAACGCCAAGAGCUUUGUGAUGCCUCUAUCAUCUCGGGGGGUAUCCCAGGGGCCACAGGCUUCCAGGGAUUUCAGAUCGGCUAGAGCUCCCCGGGAUCAUAGAGCCAGCUUGCAUGAGCUCCCAAGGCCUCAGACUUCAGCUGCGUCACAGGGACAAAUCGUCAAUUUAGUGCAGGUAAAAUCCCGCUCGGCUUCCAUCACCCGUUCAGCAGCUACCAUCCGAAAGGAGAGCCUCCCCACCCCAAUCGAGAUCACGACAUCUACAGUAAUCCCUGCCACGUCAUCAACCUCCGGCACCACAAUGACAACCGCCACGGCAACAAACAGUCAUGUGAUUUGAGAAAAAAUUUUAAAAUUUUAAUUUUUUUUUUUUGAAAUUUUUCUCGAUUUUCCCCCCGGUGUACCCUAUCAAUUUUUGUAUGUAUUUUGUAUUAAGCUUUUAUGUGAUGCGGGUUUUAUCUUGUCAGAACUUGAACUUCCUUAACAAUUUUGUCUUCUUGCUACGUUUUUGAAUGAUCUCAAUCUCUCCUAGACCCUUAUUGUUCAAAAUGAAUUUAAAUUUUG